AUCACACAUCAAAUUCUCUUUUGUUCUUCUCUGUUCUGCCCCACUCUUAAGCUGUACUGCCCUCCAUCAAGUGCCCAAGAAGAAAAUGGCUUUAAGUGGAGUGCCCGUGAUAGGGUUUUUCAUCACAGCCAUCCUGACGAGCCUUCCAGAAUCACGGGCUGUCAAAGAGGAUCAUGUGAUCACACAGGCUGAGUUCUACAUGACCCCUGACCCAUCAGGCGAGUUUAUGUUUGACUUUGAUGGCGAUGAGAUUUUCCACGUGGAUAUGGAAAAGAAGGAGACAGUCUGGCGGCUUAAAGAAUUUGGACAAUUUGCCAGCUUUGAGGCUCAGGGUGCACUGGCCAAUAUAGCUGUCGACAAAGCCAACCUGGAAGUCAUGAUUAAGCGCUCCAACCACACCCCGAACACCAAUGUUCCUCCAGAGGUGACUGUGCUCCCAAACAGCCCUGUGGAGCUGGGAGAGCCCAACAUCCUCAUCUGCUUUGUGGACAAGUUCUCUCCACCAGUGAUCAAUGUCACGUGGCUUCAAAAUGGAAAUCCUGUCACCACUGGAGUGUCUGAGACAGUCUUCCUGCCCAGGAAAGACUUCCUUUUCCGCAAGUUCCACUAUCUCCUCUUCCUGCCCUCAAAUGAGGAUGUCUAUGACUGCAAGGUGGAGCACUGGGGUUUGGACGAGCCUCUUCUCAAGCACUGGGAGUUUGAGGCACCAAUCCCCCUCCCAGAGACUACAGAGAAUGUGGUGUGUGCCCUCGGCCUGGUUGUGGGUCUGGUGGGCAUCAUCACUGGUACCAUCUUCAUCAUCAAGGGUGUGCGCAAGGGCAAUACUGCUGAACGGCCAGGGCCUCUGUAAGGCACCUGCAGGUAAUGGACUCUCUUGGCAAGAAGAUCAGUGAAGAAAUUUCUGCUUUAACAGCUUUAUAAAACUGGCAAUACUCUGAUUGUUUACCUCAGUGAAGAUAACCAUUCUCAGCAUUUUCCAGGCAUUUUACUGUGCUUUGAGUAGUGAUACCUUCCCCAUCUUUCACAUCUAGUUAUUCCUUGUGUAUUUCCCCUUCUUGUAUCUGUCUCUCUGCCAUUUCCCACAAUCAUUUUAUUAUCACCAAGUAAUGGCUCUGGAAUAGACCCAAUAGGAUCCUUCCUCCCAUAUGGAGCAUCUAUGGAGGCUUCUAUAUAAUUUAGUGCUUGGGGUUUCUUCCAACUGUGAUUGCGAUUUUUCUGAAUACAAUAAAUUGUUUCAUGGAUGUUACAUGGA